AUGCAAACAGACGCCACGGGAUCAUCAAUCAACGAAUCUUUAUACUCGAGACAACUGCUUGUACUUGGACCAAAAGCUCAUGUAAAAAUGAUGCAGUCGAAGGUUUUGAUAGUUGGAAUGAGCGGGCUCGGCCAGGAAAUAGCCAAAAAUCUGAUACUAGCAGGGAUAAGGACAGACAUCUAUGAUAAUUCACUGGUACGGAUGAACGAUUUGAACACAGGGUUUUAUUUUCAAUCGCAGAAUGUGGGCCAGAGGAAAGAUGAAAGCGUUCUAAAUGCGCUAAAAGAAUUGAACACGUAUGUGCAUGUGGGCAUCUGCGAUAUCAUGGAAAACGAAGGUAUGAGAGAGGAUGUUCUCAAGAAUUACACCCUGCUCGUACAGGUAGAUGCGGACCUGCGGAAACAGGAGCGUGCAAACGAGGCAACGAGGCGGUGCAACAUUGGGUUUAUCGGGUGCAUGCAAAAGGGAUUAGCUGGAUGUGUGUUUAACGACUUUAUACACUUCACAACACGAGAUGUAAACGGAGAAAGUCCCAAGCUGGGGAGCGUGACCAAUAUAUCGUACGAAAGAAAGGAUGAUGAAUAUACGGAAGAUCUUAUCGAGCAACAUCGUAGGGACAAAAAGCAAAAAACAGAGGAGCACAAUGUGUACACGUUGCGAACAGUGGAUCGGCACAAUUUUGAGAGCAGAGACCGUGUUAAGGUCGGUGACUCGGUUUUCAGUAUUACGGUGAUAAAUCCAUUUGAAUUCCAAAUUUGUACGACAGGUACGGUUGAAGGCGAUACGUAUGAGGAGAUUAAGAAAACAAAGGUUUUUGAAUUUAAGAGCCUUGCUGAGUGUGGAAAAGAGGAAAACGACGAUAUAUUUAAGUUAUUUUAUACACACGCACUUUUUAGAGAUGAACAUGGAAGAGAUCCUUUUCCACGUGAUGAAUCAGACAGAGAGAAGUUCUUGGAAAUUUAUGAGAAAAACUACGGCAAAGCGAGCAGUGAGUUACCUGGAUUGUUUGCUGAGACAUGUGCAGCUGCAUUUAUGCCUAUUGUAAGUAUUUUGGGUGGGUACGUUGCGCAGGAAGCGCUCAAACUCUGUUCAGAACGUUUCAUGCCGCUGCUCCAGUUCUACUUCUUUAAUUCGUACGAUUUGCUCCUGCCAGAUCUUUUCAGCGACAAAACGGAGGAGGAAAGCAACAAGGACAAAAACAAAAACGUGGAUUUAGAUGACUACAAGCAUGAAGACAGCAAGUUUAGAGAUCUUGUCGUGUUAUUUGGUAAUAGAAAACUGGAUCAGAUACUAAACGCCAAGAUCUUCCUUGUUGGUGCCGGAGCAAUAGGCUGCGAGCACCUAAAGAACCUGAUAUCUGAUGUUACGGUGACAGAUAUGGACACAAUUGAGGAGAGCAACCUCAAUAGGCAGUUUUUAUUCCGCAAAAAGGAUAUUUCUGAUUUCAAAAGUGCUGUGGCAGCAAAUGUAAUAUGCCAAAUGAGGGAAGAAACUCGAAAAGAUAAAAUUGUUCCGUACACACUCGCAGUUAAUUCUAACACAGAGAACAUCUUCAAUGAUUGCUUUCUCAGCAAAUUCGAUCUUUUUGCACUUGCUCUGGAUAACGCAGAAGCGCGGCAGUACAUGGACGGACGGGCCGUUAUUCUGAAGAAGCCUCUGUUUGACGGUGGAACCUUGGGAACGAAGGGCAACGCACAAUGUGUAAUUCCUUAUCUGACGGAGAGCUACUCAUCAAGUAGAGACCCGCCCGAGAAAGAAAUCCCGCUUUGCACGGUGCGAAACUUUCCACACCUGAUCGAGCACUGUAUUGAGUGGGCUCUCACACAAUUUCAAACGCUCUUUACCGAAGUAAAGCAGAACAACAAUUCGGAUGAAUCCAGAAGUGCAAACGUGGUAGAUGAGAGUGGCGCGAAAUCAGACGAAGUCAAGCUUGGCGAGAAUUUGCUCGAAUAUAUCGGCCAAAACCCGCCAUGCUCAAAGAAGGAGUGCAUAAAAUAUGCGGUGGAGCUGUUCGUGUGCUUCUUUAAGACAAACAUCCAAAAGCUCAAGGAGCUGUUCCCUGAAGACCAUAUCACCGAGGAAGGACUGCGGUUCUGGGAGCCGCCCAAGAGGGUGCCAACAGAAAUAGAGUUGUCAGAAGGUGAUGAACUGCAUUUGCUGUUCCUGUUGAGCUGCUCCAACCUGCUGAGCACGUGUUACCUUGAUGGUAGGAAAGUUACGAAAGAUGAUUUUUGUGACGACAUGGAUGAGGAGCCAUGCGACAACAUUCAGAAGAAGAAGAUCAUCUUUGAGAAGGAUGAUGAUAGGAACUGGCACGUAGACUUUGUCUAUGCUGCAUCCAACCUCAGAGCGCAGAACUACAAGAUAAAGAAUGCGGAAAGACUGGACGUGAAACGAAUAGCAGGCAAGAUAAUACCAGCGAUUGCAACAACUACUGCAGUGGUGAGCGGGCUUAUUUGUAUAGAAAUGUACAGGUACCUGUUCAACAAGGAUAAGCUGUCCGAGAGUCAUGAGAAUGAGGUAAAAGAAGAUGAGCUCCAAUUCAUCCAAAUAAGACGCAAAAGCGAGAUUAUCUUCAAAAAUUCGUUUAUCAAUCUUGCUUUACCGUUUAUCGCACACUCCGAGACUCUGCCGCCCAUUGAAUUUGAGUGCAAACUUUUCAAUAAAAAGUUUAACCUCUGGGAUCAGUUGGAAGUGAAGGACUGCACUAUUGAGCAGUUCAUCCAAAUGUUUGCCGACGUGACAGUAGAGAUGAUCAGCCACGGCAAUAAACUGCUCUACUGCUCGUUCUACGAUAUGGAGAAAAACGAAAGGUAUUACCGUAAAAAUAUCAUGAGUACCGCCGAUGAAAACUGUGAUUUUGUGGUGCUGGAUGUUCUAUUUGAUGUGGAGUGCGAUCAUUGCAUGAAUAUUAUUGUGAAGCGAUGA